GAACAACAAAAUCUGUUACCUUUUAUUGUAGUUUAUCGUUACGCAAUGAAGAAAAAUGCGCGUUCAUGUGCUAACUGUGAAAGAGCCUUUAAUACGAAUUGACUGACAAUCAUCAUAUAUUCGCGAAAAAUACAUUGCAACGAAAAGUAAAGUUUGCAAAUUUUAGUGUGCUGGAAGCAGAGGUAAAAAACACGGAGGUUAAAUAAAAUGAGUUUCUUCGGAUAUUUUGCGUGUUUUUAGGAACACCUUGAGGAAUUCGCGAUUCGGGAUUGCAGUUGAUUGUAGUGCAAUUUCUGGCACUUGGCCCUCUAUGAGAGCAUAAAGCCAGAGACAAGGAACAAGAAGAAGUGCAAUUUAGUGAACAGUGAUGAACACUAUUCGCCUGUCAAAUGUAUAAAUGAUAAAACAAUACACGUAUACUUUGUUUUUUUCGGUCAACUAGACUUGACUUAGGUUCUUCAUACGGAUUUCACUCAACGCUGUUCGCACUCGGUGUCUAAAUUCUGUAGGCUCCUCACAUUUUUCUAAAUAGGCUCUGUGUUCAGAGGUGAUUUCCUAACUUGUGUGAAUUUCUUAAUUCUCUGAAUCAAUUGGACUAGUUACUGGCACAUGUCCCAUUGAGAAUAAAGCCAUAAGGGAAAGGAAGAAAGGAAUUACGUUUUCUUCAUCAUAAAGUCGAUGUUGUGCCCGGUAGAUAUCUGAAAAAUGUCUCGGACCAGUAAGAAAAUAAUGAAAGUCAGUCUUGUAUGAUCCAGUAACGUGAAUCUUAUCGCUGUGAGUGUUACCCACUGUAUUUGCCACAGUUCUCUCUUCAAUUACGAAGUUUAUCACAAUUACCAUUGUUUCUUUCUUAAUGAGAUCGAUGAAGAGUAGAAAGGCAGUGGCUACAGUAUCCAUAUUCUGUGUAGAUUUUCUGAAAAAGCUGUAUGACGACUAUCCUCAACAGGACACGUUACUUUUAUAUACUUUGCAAAUGAACAGAGAGUGCUUAUGGCAGUGGGAUAUGAUGCCAUGGUCAGAAAUGCCAACCCGUAAGAAGCGCUUCUAUUGAAGUGGCUACAUACCAAGAGUCUUCUAAGUUACAAUGAGAGCCAUUGUUUCAACUCUGUUAGUUGCUCUGCUGUGUGGGAUCAAUUCAACUCCCAUUGAUGCAAGCAGAAUAUGUGCGAGUCAACAGAAAAACAUAGGCAACAUUUCUUUAAAACAAAACUCUGCUGAUUCAUCUGACAAUAAUUCUGAUGAUAACAAUUUGGCACGUGUACAAAGAGAUGAUGAUAUAAAAUUUGAAAAUUGCAACAAUUUUUGCUAUGCUCUGUGGAAAGAGGAUAAAACGGGGAAUGGUACAGAGAUCACCAUUUUGUUACAAGGAUGCUGGAAGCAGUCUGGUGAACAGAAGUGUGAAAACACAGAGUGCAUAGCACUUCAACAUUCAACAAAAGCUCUCAAUAAUACGAAAUUCUGUUGCUGCCGUGGAAACUAUUGCAAUUCAAAUAUAACCGAUGCUCCCGACGUUUAUCGCUCAGAUAACAAAUUACCUCAAACUGUUCUAGCCACGGAAUAUUUAGGUCAGUCAAAUUCGGAACGAUGGAUGCUCAUAAUCGUGAGCGCUUUGAUACUUACGCUUCUCGUAAUAUGCACAAUAGCCAUGCUGAUUUAUAGAGUUUAUCGAAAUAGCAUAUUAACAAGAUUGAGAAAGCCUCUGAGCUACGGCGAACAGCUUAUAGAGAGUACGGCUCUCAGAACUGGAACGUACACAGUGGACCAUCUAAAACUUACGACUAUCGUGGGUCAGGGAAGAUACGGAUCGGUAUGGCAGGGAAGUAUGGGAGAUCAAGACGUGGCUGUUAAAAUAUUUCCAUCGCAUUAUCGUAAUUACUUCCAAAAUGAAAGAGACACUUAUUGUUUGCCCUUCAUGAAGCACCCAUCUUUGUUAAGUUAUUACGGUGUUGAUGAAAGAAUCAGUAUGGAUGGAAGUGUUGAGUAUCUAUUAGUUUUGAGUUUUGCACCGGGUGGUACCUUGAUAGAUUAUUUACGAGCGCACACUGUCGACUGGAUUUCAUUUUGUAAAAUGGGAUUAUCUGUCGCCAAAGGACUCGCUUAUUUACACACAGACGUGCGCAAAGGAGAAAAGUUCAAACCGUGUGUCGCUCACAGAGACAUCAAUUCUCGUAAUAUACUAAUCAAGGCUGAUGGAACCUGUUGCAUUUGUGAUUUGGGAUUAGCUGUUCAAAUAUCUGGAUCAAAGUACUACUGUAACGGCGAGGAACAGCAUGCGGAAACUAAAUCAAUCAACGACGUGGGCACCUUGAGGUAUAUGGCCCCUGAGGUUCUUGAAGGUGCGGUGAACUUAAGGGACUGUGAAAGCUCGUUAAAACAAAUAGAUGUAUAUUCUAUGGGUCUGGUACUUUGGGAAUUAGUUUCCCGUUGCUCCGACAUAUAUGUUCCAGGAUCAGAAGUACCAGCGUACAAGCAACCUUUCGAAAAUGAAAUUGGUCUUCAUCCUACAUUUGAGCAAAUGCAGGUUCUCGUUUCUCGUAACAAGGCGAGACCCUUGUUAGAUGGAAAUUUAGUCGACAGACCCGGAGUCCGCUUGAUCCGAGAAACAAUGGAAGAUUGUUGGGAUUCGGAUGCUGAGGCUCGACUUACUGCUCUUUGCAUUGAAGAACGUCUAGUGGAACUGCAGUCGCAUCGUGUGACAAUGUAUUUUACUGAUGGUAGUCCUAUGGUAAAUCCCCACUGUGCUCUUGUGCCUUCAACCACCAAUAGCCUAUAUAGCGAAGCACAACAUCAUGACAAUGUUCACGUAGUUCAGCUCGCCUUGCAUAUCAUGCAAGAUAUCCCCAGUGCCGAUGCUACCGUCGACAAUCUGGUUACAUUGUCUCCAACUGUGAGUGUCCCCCACGAGCACAGUUUCAAAAAUUCGAACGAAGUGGCUACGUGCAACCUCAAUCAAACGUUACAACCUUAUCAAGGCAGGAAUCCUUGCAUGGAAAGAAAUUUGAUGUCGCAGUCCGACUCUCUAGAAGAGCUCAGAUGCAAUGGCAAUGUUUUGGUGGAUAAAUCAUUAAAGCACACAGCCAAUGAUCAGUAUAGAUUGUCCAGCGAAGUACAGGGUCUCGUAUCUCAUGAUUAUUUGAGUCAGCAUUCAACUCAACUUGCGCAACUCAGACCUGCCACUCCUAUUCCGUACGUACAGAACGUGAUCUCUGAGAACGGUAUACCCCUUUACAGUAAACGUAAGCAAACAAAUAUGCCCGAGACCUGCUCUCAAGAGAGUCCACGGAAAAAGAAAUUUGGCGGAUGGUCGAAUUUCAAGAAACUUCUUGUACAUAAGAAGAUGCAUCCGUACACCAAGUGCCAAAUCGAUAGAGAGGAUUCAAAAUCCAAUCUUCUUUCGAAACAGAAUGUUCAUCAGAGCAAAGCCGUGGAUACUAAUGUGACGAUAUCUCCGAGUGGUAAAUAUGUCAAUGGAAUUGUUGGUAAAAGUUCAACGUCCAUCGAACUAUCAGGAAAAAAUGACAAGAACGUUGUUCAGAGCAGCAUGCAAAAAAGCGACAACGAUAACGCAUCAGGGGUGAGGCCGUCAACAUUACCCUUAGAGAAUUUGAGGAACAAACGAAAAACGGACAACAAAUUCACCCGCCAAGAAAGCAUCGAUAAGUUCAACGAAGUUUUUAAUACUGGUGCGAAUUUGAAUAUACUAAAGGAUCCGAAUAUCCGAAUAAAGACACCUGGUGAUCUUCCACCCUCCGUGAGAAAAAUGCGCGGCAGAGGCCAAUCAACAGCGAGAUUUUCCCUCUACGAUGAUCGUAUGAUGUGCAACAUACUUAACGAGGAAGACGACAGAGAUGAUAGGACGAUCUCAAACUCAGUGCCGUUCGAUAUAGAUCUCGCUGAAAACGAUGGGAAGAGUUCACCAGGGAAACUACUUGCGAAGGAUGUCACGUGUUUCUAAGAUGGGUUUCCGACGUCUUUUUCAUACUCUUUAAGUGUCUUAGCCUCCCUGUCCCAUCUGUGAAUAAGUCGAAUACCAAAGCUACGAAUUGCAAACCGCAGCUAUUGGUAGGUGUGAAUAGGGAAGUCGCAAAAAUUUCGCACUCGAUGACUUUUCAUAAUUUACAAUGCACAAUCCCAAUCCGAAUCGAACAACGAGAAAUAAGAGGAAUGCAAGUGGAAGUAAUCAUCUUGAGAAUAUAGUAGCUUAAAAAAGUCAUGCCACAUCAUGUUCAGAUGCGCAAAGAGACGUAAAGUGCGUAAGGACGCCUAAAUAAUGUGUUGGGAAAAUCACAAGCGAAUUCAGAAUUUUAUCGGUACGCUAAUCACCGUAAACUAUAAACUUACAAAAAGGAAAGAGAUUAAUAGAAACCUGAUGAAUUUCUCACGAAUAAGACUACUUCGCGUAGGAGAAGAAUGUCUUGAAUGAUACAUUUCUAUUUUUGAGAUAGUCAAUGUAUUUUUCUACAGGCUAAAUGCGAUAAGCACACCACGUUUUGCCUCUUUAGAUCUCUUUUAAUUUUAAUAAGCAAACACGGCUAAUAACAGUGCAAAAAAGAUACAUACCCCUUCUACACAAAAAACAAUCGAGCUUACGAACGUCAAAAUGCGUCUUCAUCAGGCAAAAUGAGAUCUAGCUAAUCUUACUUUCCUCUUAUUUCUCCACAGAGACAUAAUCACGACUUCAACCCCAACAGCAUUAGGAAUGACUAGCCAGCGCAGCCACUUUAAUUAACUGUUCAUUUAAGCAGCAAUUCAGAAGUUUGCAUUUGAAUGUAUGUCUAUUUGAUAAAGUAUAAUUGUAAGGAUAGCGGUAUAUAUUCGUCAACUGAAAUCAAGUGCAAUCAUAAUUGGUCGAUCUUGUCAGACAGCUGUUACAGAUUUUUGAGUUUAAACGAGGAAAAAGGAAAACAUGCUACAACAAUACCUACUUAAAAAGCUGUUACAGCUGAUAUUAUGACUUGAAUAGAGUAAUAAAGAAUGGGGAAUUUAACAAUAAUGGACAGAACGUAGCUAUCGUCAGAUUUAAGUUAUGCAGGAAGUUCCUUGUGAGGAGACUAGGAAACUAGAAAUAUGUUCUUCUUGUGGCCAUUUGUGUGGAUAGCCAGAUGAAUAUUUUUUAUCCUCCAAAGAACUUUAUUCGGCGAAUUAUCUGUACAAAUAACUAUAGCGAGGUAUCCGUACAUUACAUAAUCAACCCUACAUUCCAAUUUUUUUUUUCUUUUUUUCAUAUAAAAUGCAAUUUUAUUUCGUCUCGUGAGAAUUAUUUAGUGAAAUUACACUUAAUUGUCUCAACCCUUUUCGUCGAUUUAUCUAAGGAAACAUGCGUCAGACGUAAUUCGAUGUAGGUAUAGUAAGAGACUGAAUGUACUGGUAAAUGCUCCCAAGUGGAGAUAAAGCCGAUCAUCUGACUUUGUAAUUAUUCUCAUACGUAACAGAUUAUGAAGCUCGAUACUUCCAAUGUAACAUUCUACGUCCUAAGUUCUCUCUUAUAACCAUGUUUCUUCUAUAAAAUCUUACAUUUUACAAUAAAUAUUCAUUACGUUGCAUCA